AUGAUUAAAAGACCAAAAAAGUCACACACACGCGUUGACUCAAAUGAGAUAUACAUACUACCUUUAAUUAAAAAAUAUAUUACAUGUUUAGAUCAUUUCGAAAAGAUUUGGGUAAUUGUUGUUGUUGAUAAUGCCAAAAUUUUGUCAAAUUACAACCUUGCACAAAGCACAUUAAGAUGUUAUUGUCAAUUGAAUGGGUAUCCUCUAAAAGUUAUUAAUACUUCUGAGAUGGGAGAGAAGAAUAAUAAUUGUAAACAAAAAGAUUUUUACUUCCAACGUCAUUGUAUUCUUGCCAAUUUUCUUUCUUCUCACUCAACAGAUAUUAAAUUUGCCUUUUUUAUGGAUGCAGAUAUUGGUGUUAUUAAUCCAAAUCAUUCACUUGAAGAAUUUUUGGAAGGAACUAAUGAUUUUGAUUUAAUUUUUUAUGAAAGGAUAUUUAAUGGGGAAAUUAUGGCUGGAAGUUAUAUUUUAAACAAUACUCAAUUUACUAGAGAAUUCCUUUAUUUUUGGGCUGAUUAUUAUUUUAAAGUGCCAAAUAGUUUUCAUGGAACAGAUAAUGGGGCAAUACAUUAUCACAAAACCAAAAUAAAUUCAAACAAUUCAAUUAAUUAUCAACCAACCUAUUCUUUGGUUCCGCAAUUUUUAAAAGAGAGAAGAAUGGAUGAUAAAAGAAUUGUACAGUUUAGAGAUUUUGGAUUAGGGAAUAUAUCUGUUGAUAGUUUUGUUUUUGGAAUUUCCCGUGGAGGAGAUUUGAAUUGGCUUGAAAGGGCAUUUUUUGUUGAUAAAAUAAGAAAUAUUGUUGAUCAAUUUCCAAAAUUUAAUGUUACGGUCUUUGAUUAUGAUUCGACUAUUUAUGAUUUAAUUUUGGGAGUUAAGACCGAAAUGCUCAAAGCAGUUUUUGUAACUUUAACGUGUAUGGCUUUAAUCUGUUUUUUCGUCAUUCCCACAUUACGAUGUACAGCAAUUGCUACUUUUUCCGUUCUUUCAAUUUCUUAUACAUUGUUGGGCACGCUCGGUUGGUGUGGUCAAGACAUAGACCCGGUUACAAUGAUUAAUUUAUUAAUGGCUAUCGGUCUUUCUGUUGAUUUCUCAGCUCACAUUUGUUAUCAUUUUGAUGUUUUGCAAGAAAAACAAAAAGAAAUUCAAACAGAAUCUCCUAUAAAAAAUAUUAAAAUUUUUGAACAAAAAGAACUUGAAAAAAGGAUAGAACAAAUACUUGAAAUUGUUGGUAGGCCUAUGCUUGAGGCUGUUAUCUCAACAAUAAUUUGUAUUUUCCCACUAUUCUUUAUUUCAAUUGAAAUUAUUGCUUCGUUUGCUCGAACUGUUUUAUUUUUAGGGUAA